GGGGGGAAGGGGGGGGGGAAACAAACACGUUGAAAGUGCACACAAUCAGGCCACAUCCUUCGUCGUACGCGACAGGUCUAGCUGACAUUGUCGACAUCAAAGACACCAGGGGACCACAGCUGUGUUCUUCCUCAUCACAAACACACCACGUCCCGCCUGUCCUGUGUCUCUCCUGUGCUAGACACACUGAACACGUCCUCCACUCAGCUCACACGAUCCAUAGCGGCGCAACCAUCUCUGUACACAGUUUCGUCCAGAUUCAGUGUGUUUUCUCCCCCCCUGCCCAGCCCUCCAUCCAUCCACAACAACUCUUAUAAAUCGUGCUGAGAGAGCAAGAUGGUCCUCCUCUUCUCUUCCCUCGGUCGAAAAGCCAAGAGCACCGGUACAAGCGCUUCGUCAGAACGAACUCCCUCUCGACCAUUUCUCUUUCCGCCUCUUUCCCCUCUCCACGUCGAGAGCUCAGGAGCGUUUGGACGUAUUGAGGCGACGAAGACAGCGACCACCACAAACACGUAUGAGUGUCCAGUCACCAGAAGACCUCGACGAGAGACUGAUACGUCAAGAACUAUCAAGGUAGAUUGCGAUCUUGCGACUGAGGAGCUCCCAGAGUUCCUCUUGGAUUCGCCGCUACCACGUCAAGACGCCUUCUCGCCAGCCCAUUCGUCCACUGGGACUCGCCGAGCGCACAAGUUACGAAAAGGUCAAAGUCUAGGUCAUAGUUUGGGAUAUCAUCUCUUUGGGGGAUCCACAAGUCCAAAUCUCAUUCCGACGCGUCUGCAAGAGUGGGUAAUCUUACCAAGAUCAUCUUCACUUCCUCCCACACCGACCACCUCAUCCAUCCAUACAAUGGGUCAGAACCAGACCAAGACUGGUCCGGUCCGCGCCAAUACGGCUUCUCAAACAGGACCUGGAAACAACGUGCCAGAGCAGCACCUGUUCCAGUCAAAGUCUUGCACCAGGAUCCAACCUGGAGGCAACAAAGUCACCUUGCCGGACCCACCUGGAGGCAACAAGGUCAAAUUGCCGGACCCACCUGGCUCAGCUGCUAUCCGAUCGACACACUCUUUACCGGUGUUCACAUUGCGACACCCAAAACAUGAAGAUCCAGAGGAUCUCAACGAGACUCCGACCGACCUGUCAGAUCCCUCCUCGUCUCAUCUCUUUAUAAAACACCUACCCCUCACACCUCCUCCUCGUCCUCCUCCUCCUUCCAGCUCCUAUCGACCUCCACUCUCCUUUGCACCCAAGACGAAAAACCUGAGCUUCGCCCAUCGUCUCGGUAGUAGGAGAGGGUCUCAACGACGACGCCCUCAUACGGCCGACGCAUCGAUAUCCUCUUCGUCAAUUCUCACGCGUGCGCCGACCCUGUCAGAGGACUUGGCAACGUUCGAAGCGGCCAUCUUGUCGGCUGAAUCUAGAGCUGGACAGCGAGGCGGAGAUGGUUUGGAUCCUGGCGAGAUAACCUCAGGGUCCGACGCACAGGGCAGACGAAGAUCAGAAGGUGUAUCUACGUCUAACCCUGGCGGUGAACCUGCUCCACCAUCCAAAGCUGGACCGAGACGAGGUCAAAGCCCACCUCUCGGUCAUGCUUCCUCCACCCUGCCAACUCGCAACGCCAGCCUCAACGUGACGAACCGAUCUUCGCCGCUGCAUCAUCGCCGCAAGUCUAGCUCUUCCGUCAUAUCUUCCAAAUCGAGUAUCAAGUCCUCUCGCCGAGCCGAGAUGGAAUGGCGAGCCAGAGUCGCAGCAUUGAGUCUCGCCCAUUCGUCGGGACCGGGAUCUCCAGGGCUCAGCCAGAGGUCGAGCGUACCGGGUCGUGAUACGAUCAGAGGACCUGUGCCUCCCAAGCGGAUCAAACGCGAGCCAUCGAGACAACUCGCCUCUCAAGUCAUUGACAGAGAGCAUGACCUCAAGAUGGACAAUGCCCAUGCUGAUACGUCCUUUGGGUCAUCGAUCGACAGCGAACGGGUGAUCACUCCGCGUCCAGCAAAAGCCAUCUCUUCGACCAGCGAGAACAACGAUCACUUAUCCGAAUCACCCGUCUCAGUCUAUUCUCAGGUGUCCCCUUACCCUCUCCGGCUGCACUACUCGACGGCCCUUGCGCAACACGAUGUGGGCUCACCACGAACACCAGCGAAGUCUUUCCGAUCAGGUCAUUCAUUCGAUACGUUGGGUUUCCAUCGUCCUGAUGUUCCACCUCCACCGCCAUCCGUCAUCGACCUCAACCUGACGCCAAAGAAACUCGGCGACUCGGAUUCAAGGUCAAAGCCGAGCUCGAGGCAGCUUUUGAGUCCAGGUCAUGAGCCCACGACUACGCUCAAAGCUGAUCGGAUGGUUCCGCUGGUUGACGAAGACAGCACGAUCGGACGGGACGCCAGAGGAGAUUGGAGGCUAUCUGUUCCGCUGAGUGUCUCCUCUAUGGGCCGAUCGAUAUCCAGCUUUUACUUUGAUGGAACCCCUGCCAGGGGAGUAAAGGAAACAUUGAAGCAGUCCACAGCGACAAUGGAGAAGCCAGAGCCGUCAGUAAGACGUUCGCUUCAUCAAGAGGUAGGGGUAAAGGUGGAAUGUGAAUUACAAGUCAAAGAUCAGGUCGAACAUGAAGCAAGACCGAAAUCUCUCGGAUCUACGUCUAGCUCUGUCCCUCCGCCACCGGGUGAAGCGUGUCAACCCGCCACUCGGUUAGAUGUCAAUUUCGAAGGGAUAGAAGAGCUCGUCAAGGUCAAUUCGGCAGCAGAGUUCAAAGCGUCAAAGAUGGUCUCAUCGCUGCCGGACAGAUCACGGAUCGAGCCAAUUCGUAAAGGCGCAUCGACCCCAGGCACCAAAGCCAAGGCUGCAGAUUCUGCUGAUAAAAACGGUCAUUCAUCUGCCUCCGCAUCUACCCCAAUCAAGUCUCCUCAUACCGAUCGUUCUGCCAGAUCAACUACCACACUGGAAGACCUCGCGGCUGCCUCCUCCGCCAGACAAGCUCCUACACCUAUAACUCCUUCUAUCCAGCGGUCCAGCCACGUCAUACGCAUGGCCAAUAUCUCAUCACCAUAUUCUCCAACGACGACCUAUCUCCUCACGGCGCCUAUCGAGUCGCUCCCGUGGCACUUGCGAGCAGAGGAGGCGGAAGACACGCCUCCCAAAUCGAGGGAUGGUGCAUGUCGCGCUCAUCCAUUUGCGAGUACCUCGAGGGAUAGUACGGUCGAUGUGACGUCCCCUCUGGUCCCUGCUGAACUCAUACCUCGACCUCCUCGAGCACCCUCGCCAGACGUCUUCAUCUUGAAGACAACGACGACGACUGGCGAGCCGACACACCAUGCACCGCAGGUCAAUACUUUUGCGCUGAGAGCUCGUCGACGGGUCCCUGCUCCUAUACAAGUCAUCGAUCCUGCUCGCAUAUCCUCGAGACUCUCUAACAAGAAAUCAAACAGCCGUUUAGACUCGCUUCGAACGGACGGACCCACUCAAGGAGCUGCUUCGCACCAUUUAUCAAUGGACGCCGCUAGCGCGUCAAGUAACAGACUCGUCAAACCUGUCCCUCAACCCUCCGCUCCGCCUCCUCCUCCCCCUCCCUCUUCGAGAGCCUUGCAUGCCCAUAAUCAUGCGAAUCAUCGAUCCAAGAUACCUUCUUCCGGCUCGGCCUUCAAGUCCCAAAUCCUCGGUACCACUGCACCUGCUAAGCGUCAUGAACGUACAGAUCUGACACCUGGGAUGGAGUCGGGUCAAAGACCCCCAAAGACGGGAUUACCUAUGGCGGACCUUCAACAAUGGCUCCGAGACACCUCGAUUGGAGCUUAGGACGAGACUCGGACUGCUGCGAUUCGGGUGUAGCUCUGUAUUCUGAGAGAUUUUUUCAAAGCGCCCUAGGCAGUCUCGGUGUCCUCCGUGUGAACGAAAUGAGACGCACCGUCUCGUUCAAGAACUGGCUGCGGUUGCCCGCUGUGCAUCUGCCAAAUGAAUAUAAUGCAUGCGUGGUCU